CCUCGCCAGCCCCAGCCGCGAGUCGGCCGCCGCAUGCCGUCAGCCGCCGCGUUCUCUGCUGCCACAAGCCUCGCCGCGGACAAGGCGUCGGAGAUUGCCAGUCUCGCGCGGCGGCUGCCCAAGGCGGAGCUGCACCUGCACCUGGACGGCUCCCUUUCCGACGCCUUCUGCACCGAGCGCAUGCCUGCGCUCGGCGUCGUCUCGCCGCUCGUGCGGCACCCUCGCUUCGCCACCUUCAGCGAGUGGGCCGUGGCCGCCAAGAGCGAUCCGGGCCUCCUCAGCGAUGACAUGAUGUCCUGCCGCCACGCCGCCGGCAAUGACAAGCUCAACCUCUUCAACUGGGCCAAUCAGUUCCUGCAGACCGAGGCCGACCUCGAGGCGGCCACGGCCGAGCUUUGCUCGCGCCUCGCGUCGGACCACGCCGUCGUCUACUGCGAGCUCCGCUUCUGCCCGACGCUGCACACGCUCCGCGGCCUGUCGGAAGCGUCGGCUCUGGAGGCGGUGCUCCGCGGCUUUGCGUCCGUCGGCUUGCCGGGCGGCGUGAUUGUGUGCGCGCUACGCACGCUGGCGCCCGAGCACUGGGCGGCGAUGGCGGCGCUUGCGGCGGACUCGGCGGCGGUCGGGUUCGACGUGGCUGGCUUCGAGCCCGGGUUUGGCCUCGAGCCGAUGCGGGAGGCGAUCUCUGCGGUGGUGGCCAGCCCGGGGUGCGGCGUGACUCUGCACGCGGCAGAGUGGCCCGGCGCCGCGACCGAAGGCGGCGGCUGCGAGACGCUCGCAAACGUCGAGGCCGCCUCCGC